GGUACAACUCACGGUGCCGCUGACUGAUUGCGUCCCGAUUGUUUUCCCUUUUUGUUGUUGUUCCUUCAUCUUUUUGCGCGGCGCUAAAUUGGAAGGAACGUGAGAAUUGCUGCUCAGAGCACACGCACGCCCAGAAGGGUUCUUCCGCGUCGUUGUGGCUGGGCGGUUGCUCGACAACAGCAGUAGCAAAAGGGGCGACAUCUACCGAAGUUGCAACAUUCAUUUUCGACAAAGGAAAGUACGAAACGUAAAAACGAAAAGGGGAAAUGGUCGCGUGGUGGCCCUUCUCGCGCGCUGGCAACGCCGCUACCUCGUCCAGCGGGUUCCCACCAAUGUCCGGCUCUUCUCCUUCAUCGGCGGACGAGGGAGCCGUGCCUUUCACCCGCGGAAUCCACGACACCACCAGCUACCAAAAUCUGUCCUCCGGAAAAGAGCGAGACUACGGCGAAAGCGGCGUGGCGCAGUCGGAGAUCGACCGCGUGCGUGAUUUGCACAAGGUUCGCCGCCACAACGACGCUCGCGCUCUUGUGAUGGACACAGAGUCGAUUGAAUGUCUCGUGAACCGCUUCGAAAACGAAUUUCAGGCGGCCGACGCACACAUAAAGCGCCGCGAAGCGUCAAAGCCGCUGCUGCAACGGUACGACUACGAAAACGACCGCCGCUAUGAGCAGUGGAGGGCGGAUCAGAAAGCCAUGCGGGAGCGUCUGCAGAUCCACUUUCUCGACACGUUAAUCGAUGACGCCGCUGCCUGUAUUAUCUACUACCUGCGCGUGUGCACCACGGCGGGGCUUUGCUACGGCCUAGGCCGCACAGCUUAUCUUUAUCGUACGAUGGACAAGACGUACGCGAAGCUGAACGGUGUGUCGCUGACCGGGAUAGCCUUCAACGAAGUAAUCACCUCUGUCGCGAAGAGUGCCGGCGUGGCGAUAGCUGGCUGUUUCGGGGUGACGGUGGGGGACGGGCUGACGGGACUGGGCCACUUUGUGAUAGGCGGCGACGUGACUCGACCGGAGCGCUCCUGGUACAAUAUCCUGGGUGCUGGGACGACGUCUGGCCUGUUCGGCGGUGCCGCGUACGUUGCGAUGAACUACAAAGACCUCACUCCCUGGGGCAUGCGUGCGAUGCUUGGCGCUUUUACUAGUGUCGGGAUGAUUGGGGGGCUCUAUCUGGGCUACUGUGUGUACCGCCCCUUUGCUCUGCAGCGCACCCACGCCUUGUACGACCCUUACUGGCGUCCAUGGCAGACACGGAACAUGCGUUCCAAUGGUCCUGCACACGUGCGUGGAAAGUACCUGUGA